AUGUUGUAUAAGAUAUUUCAUCAAAACAUUUUCGAAAUCAUAGACUUGAGUUCAGCUAUGUUCAUGACAGCAUCGGUACUUGUUGUUGGAUAUGUCUGGACAUGUAUGCGAGCCUCUCGCAGACAGAAGAUGCUCGAGUUAGAGAACACACCGCACAGGGUGUUAUUGAUUACUGCACAUCCUGAUGAUGAAUGUAUGUUUUUCGGUCCAGUCAUACAGAAGCUGUCAAAAAUGAAAGAUGUACACCUUUUCUUGAUGUGUCUGUCCGUUGGUGACUUUGAAGGUAAGGGCUCAUUGCGCAAAGCUGAACUGUAUGAUAGCUGUAAGAUUUUGGGCAUUGAAGAGGGAAAUAUACUGUUAUGCAAAAAUACUUUGCUUCCGGACAACCCUAGUGUAGACUGGGAUACAAUUUUACUGGCUGACAAGAUUGCUGAGCACGUAGAACAAUUAGAAAUCGAUACUGUUUUGACAUUUGAUAGUUAUGGUGUUAGUGGUCAUCGUAAUCAUAUAUCAAUAUAUUUAGCAUUAUUCCAUUUGGUUUACAACAAAUUACUUCCAAGUUACUGUCAUUUGUAUUCACUGGAUUCAGUCAACACUUUACGGAAAUAUGUCAAAUAUAUUGAUGUGUUAUUCAAUAAUACCUCAGACUUUAAAUGUACUAUUUCAACUACAGAACAACAUUGUGUGACAAAAGCAAUGCAAGCACACGAUUCUCAGUACAUUUGGUUCAGAAAACUGUAUAUGAAAUUUUCUAGAUAUACUAGGGUAAACACCUUUACUAUCAUUUCUGUUGAUUAACUUUUGACUUUUAACCUUAGAAAUUAGAAUAAUAUUAGUUUUUAUUUAUUUAUGUAUUUAAGUAGUUCAUGACUGUGAUAACUGAUUGAUAUAACAGUUUUAUUAUUUCUCUUUGUUAGCAAUUAUUAUUGUUUAUAUUUUUAUUUGUUGUACAGUUUUCA